AUGAGUGCUAUCUGGGCAGGUAUCAAUGGUCAGAUCGAGCGCGCAUCCCUCCAGGCGAGAGAAGACCGGAGGGGUCGUCGAAGAGCAAUAAAUUUGAGCCAGUGGAUUAAUGAGAAUUGUCCCAAUUUGUACAAGUGGGCGCAGUCUCAUGACACUGGCGCUAGAUACGGUAUAAUGGCAAGCAACAUGUCCGAGGUGUACAAUGGUGUUCUUAAAGGGGUGAGGGCACUACCUAUCACAGCACUAAUUGAUGAAACUUGGAACCGGACUGUGUCAUACUUUGCAGAUAGAGUCACCGUUGCCAAGGCGCUAGUUGAUUUGAACAAGACCUGGUCUGAGAAGAUGCAAAGACAUCUUGAUGACAAAGCAAAGAAGUCGCAAAGACAUGGGUGCAGGCAGGUUAUGGCUGAAAUGCCCCAGCUUUUGAAUGGUUAUCACGACAACCACCACCGUUGCCAGCUUUUCAUAAAUCCAAAUCAUGAAAAUCCUCCUCAGACCUUCCGGCUUCGAACUGUAAAGACGCCCUGGUCAAUAGAGAAUCGGUUCCUUGAACACCUUGAGGCUUAUGGACUCCUACAUUUUGCGAACAUCGCAGCUCGUCGAGGACGACCGCAGAUAGUAGAACCCGCAACCCCGUACAACUAUGGUGAGGGUGUUUUUGAGCUUCUUAACGACUCACUAAUAACAUGGAACCCGUGGACUGAGGCGCACAUUGAUAUGGUAUUUGGUUCGCAACACAUGCCAGUGGAAUGCGUGAGAGAUAGUGCCUUUUGGAUGACUCGCUGCAAUUUACUCUAUCUAUGGUUUGUGGAACCGUAUAAUCCUAACCGUGUCAUGAGACAGUUCGGUCUAUAUCAAGAUAUUCCACCACCGGUUCCAAGAUGUAUCGACGAAGAAACUCAUAAGAUGAGCAAUAUGGGCAGAUCUGGUGUGGACUGGAAUGCAGAAAACAUUGAAUGGAUAAAUCAGUGGAAUAAUGAAGCUCUACAAAAUAUAGUGCCUCAGCAACGAACGUACGAUGCAACUACGACAGAAGCGUACUAUAAUUGGUAUCGCAUGAGCACGCGUACUAGACUGACGAGUGAACCACCUACGAUGCCAACACAUCCAACGCAUAUGGAACAGUUGCAGAGACGGAUGGACACAUCAUCAGCUUACUAUCGUGACUCCGCGAUUGAUAUUUGCACCCAAGUACAAGCGAUGGCGAGUGAAGGAAUGCGAGCCGAGGGAAGUGAUCCUAAACGCAGGUCGUGGUUUAAAAAAAUUAGCGAAUUCGUGAGCACAAGGAUUACGAGAUGCGGUACAGAGAACGACGUUGUCACUGCAGCGUACAACAUUCCGGAACCGAGGUCAGCUAGACCGAGUGGGGCGCCGUCGUCGUCCAUGCGAUGGGCAGAGGGUCGUAAUACUAUGCCGACACUUCCACGACAUGACUCUUCUCUACCAAUACAUGGGCAGACAUCACAGGUAAAUGCUCCAGAUGUAGGAUCGACACCCGAACAGACUCAUUUCGUGGAGCAGGAUGCAUAUACAGCAUAUGACACACACAUUCAAGGAUCUCAGCCAUAUCUGCCCACACGAGGGAUUAGGAUGCCCGAGGAGAAUCGUUGGGCUGAGACAAGCGAGGGAGCACAAAGCUACAACAACGGACAGGAAAUUAAUGAUCCAUCAUGGGGAGAUGAACAUACCCAGCGUGGCGUACAGAAAGAAAUACUCACAGAAACCCAUGAUACUCAAUGCACGCUCCCAGGAAUGAUAAAUGAUUUUUUCGGGCAGGACGUUAUUGGUCCAUCUUACAUCAAUUCUGAGUCACAACCAUUCACCUACAAUUUAGAAUCAUCAUCUCAAUAUGGAUUUCAGACUCCACCACCUAUGCAUCAGUCGCAGACACAGGAACACGAGGGACAGUACGGUCGUGGUCUUCGUGAACACAGACCCCCUGAUCGAUUGUCACCCUCCGGUCGUCGGGCAAGGCCAGCUGGUCGUCGUCGCAUAGGGUGAUUCGUCUAUGUAUGUGUGCGAACAAUUGCAUCUCUCUAUGUCAGUUUCAAACUUUCAGAUGUACGUACAAGACAUCUAUAUAGUUUCAUGAAAUAAAAGUUCGCGAUA